AUGUCUAAAUUAUUUAUCGGUGGUCUGGCAUGGCAGACAGAUAGUUCUAGGUUGCGUCAAAAGUUUGAGGAAUUUGGGGAGGUCGAGGAAGCGGUGGUGGUAAUGGACAGGGAAACCGGACGCUCUAGGGGUUUUGGAUUUGUCAAGUUUUCCAGUGAAGAUGAUGCGACUGCGGCCGUGAACGCAAUGAAUGACACGGAGUUCGACGGUCGUAGGAUUCGUGUUGAUAAAGCUACUGAACGCGUCAAUAUUCGAAGUGUGGUGUAUCUCAAGAACAGGAGCUAUCGGAUCGAGGAAUUGUGGGUCUCCGCCAUCUCGGUAGCACGGACUGAUCUCCAGAUCCGAUCACCGCCAGACGAGAUGGCUGCCCCCACAGUGAUCCACGAACUGAAUAUAACCGAUACCACCGUUAUAUCCACGGUUAUAAAAUCGUCGGCAGAUCUGGCAUUCAUAUCAAAUUGCACCGAGAAAAAGCUCGAACCUCAUCGGUGGUCUAUCGACGACAGUCCGAAGCACUGCGGGACAGAGCCUACCUAA